CCCAUUCGGUGAAAAGAUGAACAGAUUAUUAUUUCUAAUAGUGCUGUCUGUGCUUCUUCAAAAUAUUUUCUCAAUGAUCACAAAAAAAACUUCGCCAACUCCUAUUUUAUCCAAAGAUGAAAAAAAUAAUAGUUCAGAAAAUAACACGAGCCCCACCUCAGCUUCAGAACAGGACAUGUCUACGAGAAGAGCUGUAAAGUUGACAACACGACAGGGCAUAUUGAUGAACCAAAUAUUGGCAGUCUACGCCUUGGACCAUGUACAGAAUAAACUGUGUGCUAACCAUACCAGAGAAUUUAAAAAAGGGCUGAGAUCGUUUGAGCCAUGGGCACUUCAAAUGUUUGAUUCUUCCUCCAAACUACAGGGUGGUAUUUUACUUGGCAACCUAGUGGACUUUGGUUCUUUUUCGCAGUGCAUCAAAAUAUACCAGAACACCGAUUUUGGGCCAAUUUACGGAAAACAUUGUCUACUUAAAAUAAAACCAAGCGUUCCACUCAUCAAAACGGUGUUGGCUUUCAGAAAUGUUUCGGAAAAGAGGUUUAGAAAAGUAUAUAGCAUGGUUGAAAUGACUGAAAUCGGUUGGUCAGUUUGUUUGCCGCACUCCUGUCCAAGAGAUGAUAUUUUAAGACACUUCAACAAGACAUUAAUCGAGAUGGCAGAGGGUUUGGAUCUCGAAGUAAAUUUGGAUGAAAGUUACUGCAACAGCAUUCUGGAUCAACCUGUCAUGGAGAGGAGCCAGUACGUUGUAUUAUCAAUUUUCUCAAGUUUCAUAAUCAUAGGCGUCGUAAGUGGAAUAAUAGAUUAUCGAGCUGGUUCAGAUCACAACAGCAUAUUCUUGGAUACUUUUUCUGGAUACGCCAACAUGCAAAGAGUUCUAAAAACGGGCACUGGAAAGAAAGAAAUGGACUUUCUGCACGGGUUGCGGAUUUUGAGUUCUUGUUACGUUGUAGUAGGGCACAGAUACAUCAUGUACAUUAUGUUUCCUGUCAUAAAUCAACUGGAAGAGCUAGACUGGAUCAUCCGGUAUUCCAGUACUCUGAUCCUUGGUAGUACCGUAAGCGUAGAUUCAUUCUUCAUGACUAGUGGGAUGCUGGUUUCUCUUGGAUUUUUCGAAUACGUCUCGAAAACUGGCAGUUUCAAUUUGGCGCUGUUUUAUUUACAUAGAUAUUUGCGGAUAACACUACCUUUGGCUCUGGUAGUGCUGUUCUAUGCCACUUUGCCCCAGUUUUUGGGAAGCGGGCCUGUACUUCAUAAUGUCUAUGUAGAUCAUCAGAAAUUCUGCCAGGAUUAUUGGUGGUCGACGCUUUUGCACCUCCAGUCUUAUGUCAACCCAGAUAAGUUGUGCAUUUAUCCAGUUUGGUAUCUAUCUUGCGAGGUGCCAUUCUAUUUCUUGUCUCCAGUCAUUCUGUACCCACUUUGGAAAUAUCCCAGACUAGGAUAUGUGAUAAUCGUCCUAUUGUUCAUCUCAUCUAUGGCCAGUAGUUUUUAUUACGCGUGGAUAAAUGAAUAUGCAGGUGAAAUGCUGCCUGUAACGAACCAACUGUUCAAAACGAAAUAUUUCUCAAAAUAUUAUAUAGCCCCGCACAUUCGGGCGGCUCCAUAUAUAAUAGGUCUCACUUUUGGAUACGUUAUAUUUAAAACCAAGGAGAAAGAAAUUGCAUUUGGUAGAGCUAUGAAUGUCGUACUCUGGAUUAUUUCCUCAGUACUCAUGAUUACAGCGAUGCUUGGAUGCCACUUUUUCUAUCUGGAGUCUCACGAUUACAACAAACUGGAAUCAAGUGCAUAUUUGACCUUUUCCAGGACUGCCUGGACUGUAGGAUUAGUUUGGAUCAUGUGGUCUUGCAUGCAUGGACAAGGAGGAGUCAUGAAUGAUUUCCUAUCUGCCCACAUCUUCAAAGUUUUAAGUAGAAUCACCUACGGGAUAUUUCUGAUCCACAGUAUUGUCCAAUUGUACAAGUGUGGAUCAGCCAAAGUACCCAUGUCUUUUUCUGAUGUUAACGCGAUAUACGACGCAAUGUCAGACUUAUUCAGCUCGUUCAUCCUGGCUUUCCUCUUCACCAUAUUCUACGAGCUGCCUCUAAUUCGGGUAGAAGGAAUUCUUUUCAAACCAAGUAAAAAAAAAGUUCACCAAUCCAAAUGAGGUGUCGUAGCUGUAUUGGCGACCUAUUAACUAGUAAAUGUUAUAGCUUCUGAA